AUGAAAGGCAUUAAAUAUUUCAUUUCCACAAGCUUUGUCUAUUGCCAAAUAUUCAUUGAUAUUUUUUACAGCUCUUAUACCGAUAUAUCGUUGGUCUUAUCAAUUUCAGACUCACUACAACAAAAAUUUAUCAGCGAAGUUGAAGCAAGGCUCACUAAUUUAAGCUCUACAUCUAGUAUGCUUGAUUUAGGAGAAAUGCCGCAAAUUAUAAUAGAUUUGACUGCUACUUUUUCUUUAUCUAGUUUGAUGAAGCAAUAUGCUUCAGAAAAUGAAAUAAUACUGAUUUCCAUACAAGAGCCAACUCCUUUUAUUAGUGACUGAGAAUUCUUUACUCAUCCAUCAGAAGAGGCCCAAAUUAAUGCACUUAAAACAAUUUUCUCUUAUCUGGGCUGAGACAGAAUAAUUUUUAUUACUGAUUAUAAAUUUUCAAUUCUUGAUCGAAAUUUUCCCAAUAGCGAUAUUAAAAUAUUUUUUUUCCCAAGUGAUGGAGAUCAAAAAUCUGCUGAAAUUUUGAUUAAAAAAGAAAUCAAGCCUACUGGAUGCAAAAAUAUCGUGAUUUUGAAUAAAGGGGAAACAGCUAAUUUUCUUUUAAAAAGUAUAAACAAUGCAAAUUUACUUAGCUUGGGUACUGGGAUUAUACUAGGGAGUAAAAGUUGACAAAAUGCAACAGAAAACGGACUGUUUGGAUUAGUUGAAAGUGGCCUAGAAAACGCAGAAGAUUAUUAUAGCUAUGAGGUUUUGGGAGUUGAAAAAAUAAUAAAUCUCGCACUGAGCUGCAAUCAGUGCUCAGAUACCAGUGAAAUUAGAAAUUAUUUAGAAAAAAAUACAAUAAGCCAUCGACCAAUAUCAAAUUUUACAGUUUUAAACGCCAAAAACAAUAAAAAAGUAAGAAUUGGAUAUAUUUUGGAGCAGGAAUUAGUUAUUCUCGAAUCCCCAGUUUUUAUUGGAAAUUCUUCUUUAAUACCAAACUCGCCUUAUACAAAUUUAACAAUUUCUAUGUCAGAUGGUAUCACCAAUCCUGGCUAUCCAAACAGUUUAUACUCAGAUAAGUUUAAAGAAGGAGCUAAAUAUGCAUUAAUGUGUGCAAAAAGGGAUAACUUUAUAGACGGCUUUGAAAUUUUGGUAACCCACACUGACUGUGGCGCUGAAGUUUAUAGUCCAAAAUUUUUGCUUACUCCCCAUCUGUGAGCGAGCAAAACCAUUAGAAAAAUCCCUGUUUUUGCCCAAAAGCCCGUCCUCUAUGAGCGAACAAAAAUUUUGAUAUAUAAGUGAUAAUUAGUACUACGAAAUCUCGAGCUAAUUCUGUUUAAUUUAAAUAAAUUGCGUUUUAAAAAUAAAUUUUAUAAAUUAAAUUAAUAUUUGCUUUCCCAUUUUUGCAAAUUAGGAUUUUUUUAAAUUUCGAAAAAAAAUUUUUUCGAUAAAAUUUAUAUAUAAUUUUUUUUAAAAAAAAAAAAUUAACCUCCCUCUGUGAGCGAACAAAAAAAUCUUGUUCGCUCACGGAGGGGGGGAGUUAAUUGUUUUCGUAAGUUAAAAAAUGAACUUGGAGUUGGUCUUUUAGCAUCCCCUUACGCAUCUACUUCAAUAGGAGCAAUUAUUUCCUUGCGGACUUUAAAUAUUUCAAUUCCUCACAUAUCUGAAUACGCAACUGCAGAAACUUUAGCAAGUAAACAAAAUUUUCCUGAAUUUAUGAGGGUGACCAAAGACAACCGAUAUAACGCUAUAGGCAUUUUGAACCUUUUCACAAUUUUUCAAUGGAAAAGAUUUAUUAUUCUGUACGAUGACCUUUCAGGGCACAUCUCUUCUUAUCAAUUUCUCUUAUCAAAUAUUAAUCAAACUGGGAUAGAAAUUGCGAAUUCUAUUGAUAAAAGAAAGGUGAAGCAAAAUUAUAACCAUAGUGAUUAUUCUACAUAUAAACCCUGAAUGGAAGAGUUUUUGCAGCUAAGGGUAAGGGUUAUUUUUCUUAUAAUACUGCCUCCUUGACAAUUAUAUUUUAUUGAAGAUUUAUACAAUACAGGAUUUCGCAGAGGAGAUGCAAUUUUUAUAUUAUAUAAUAGACCAAGUAACGCUUUUCUCUAUGAGUCUGAUCCUUUAGAAAUACAUAAACUUCAGGAAUUAUUCUAUGGGACAGUCACGAUGGAUCAGGCUGAAUGAGUUGGCACUUAUGGCAAAAAAAUAAAAUCAGGCUUUGUUAAGGCAUUUUCUGAAUUCACUGAUUAUCGUUGCUUUUCAUUUGACUCUGCUAUGCUGCUUCUAAAUGGGAUUAAGUAUACAAUAGACCAAGGAGGAAAUAUUGAAGACUUUACAACUCUGAACACAAAUUUGAGACUCCAAAGGUUUCUAGGGUGUUCUGGAACUAUCUCAAUAGACAAGAAUUCAAAUGAUAGAAGCAAGAGUGUCGUUGGGAUUUUUAAUAUAAGGUGGAAUAAAGAACUCAACGUUUUAUUUGAUUAUCAAAUUGGAACUUAUGAUCUGAGCAGCCAGCAAUUGUUUACUUUUACUGAUAAUAUUAUUUGGUAUGAUAACUCUUCAAAUGUUCCAAGUGAUUUAAUUAAAUAUGAAUGUGACCUUGACCCAAAACUUAUCAAAUUCUCAAUUAGUGGGGCAAGGGUACUUUAUGCUGUAGAUUCUUGUGUGCUAAUUAGUAGUUUAAUUGCUCUUUCUAUAGUUAGGAAACUCUGAUACCAUGUAAAGCUAGAACCUCUAAUAGAACCACGAAGAGCUGAAUUUGAUGAUCUUUUGACUUAUCUUACUCCCUCCCUUUAAAUUGGCACAAAAAUCUAUUCCAUUUUUUAAAAUAUUUAAAAUUGGAAAAAACUAUAAAUUGAGCACAAUACCUUGAAUUUUAAUUUAUUUUAUGAAGAAUUAAUUUAAAAAAUUUAUCGAUUCAGUGUACAAGUGUUUAAAUAGCAUUUACUUGUACUUUUUCCAUUAAAUUAGGUCACAUUAAUUUUAGAAAAAUAAGUAUUUUUACCUUUUAAUUUAUUUUAAAAUUUUAAAAAAUAUAAAUUUUGAAUUUUUAAUUUUAUUUAUAUGAAAAAUUAAUUGAUUCAGUGUGAAAGCUGUUUAAAUGGCACUUUUUCCUCAAAAUUAAAUUAUUAUUUUUACCUUUAAUUUUUUUAAAAAAUUAUAAUGCUUUGAAUUUUAAUUUACUUUUAUAAAGAAUUAAAAAAAAAUAUUUAAUCGAUUCAGGGAAACUCUUUAAAUAACUUUUUACUUGUACUUUUCCCUUUAAAUUGUGUCAAAACUAGUUUUAUAAAAAUUAGUAUUUCACCUAUAAAUUUUCUGGUUAAUAUACCCAAAAAUGCAGAUUUUACCAUGUUUUGUUCUAAUUUAAAGAGGACUAGUUAUGAUUUUCAUUGAUUUUCUCCAGUUUCUCUACUUAGGACCAGAUUUUAGUGGCUACAGCAAGCACUUAAACCAGCUGGUAAAUAUUUCUAUGCUCCGAUUCGACUGGGAAUCUUCUAAAACCUCAUUUUUAACAUAUUUUUAUUCCAGCUUGGCAUUAGCUUUUAUUAUAAUUAUCUUUAACAUCCUAAGUUUAUGAAAUUGGCAAGGAAAAAUUAAAGAUAUUUUUUGAAAAAUUUAUAAUAAGCUGCCUGAGUGAUUGAUUCCUUUUCUUGGAAAUAUAUGCUACACACCAAUUAUUUUUACUUUAUUAAGUACAUUUCAAUGUGACCAAAGUAUAGGAAAUGAAAUCACAAAUAGCUUUAUGGGAGAAGAUUGUAGCAUAUUUUGCUGGAAAGAUUAUCACGUUAAAUUAGUAACUCUUGCGAUUAUUAUGUUUGUUUUAUACUUACCUGUAGCGAUGAAUUUGAUGCCAUUUUGGAAAUAUAUAAGUGCAAACUCUAAUGUGCAAGUAAGGCCAACGUUUUUGCUUGAAAAGCGUGUAUUCCUGGUGAUUAUAAUAGUACUGAACAAUAUAUUAUUAGCCCAUCAGCCAUCACUGUAUGGGCUUAUAUAUAUUUUGCUAAUAAUGUCCUUUAUCAUUUUUGCAUUUUUAAAGGAAAAACCAUAUAAUUAUAGCAGGUGCAAUCUUUGACUAGGGAUUUCAUAUAUAGCUACUAUUUGAAAUGUAGCGGUUUCUUCGACAUAUCAGUUCGCCAAUCUAGGGUUGCAAGAGGAAUGAGCUUUAUUUCAAUAUGGAGGGUGGGCUUUUCUAUUAGUUGCUGGUGUAUUAAUUCAACAAAAAUACUGCCCUGGGUUACUAUAUACAGAGGAUCCCCCAAGUAUUGCUCUUUUUUUUAGAUUUUCAUUAAGCAGAAAAAUAUCAGCAGAACAGAUAAAUAAAAUGAAUAAAGAAAGGACUGAAAGAAAUAUUAUGUCUUCUAUGAGAAAAAGCAGCUACAGUAGUUUAUCUAACCAAUCUCAAAGAAAGUUUCAGAGUUUUGAAAAUUCAGCUUAG